AUGUCCUAGAAUAAAUAAGAAACUACUAAAAUAAAAUGUGUAAUGGUAGGAGAUGGAGCAGUUGGCAAAACCUGCAUGCUGAUGAGCUAUACUAUGGACAAAUUUCCAAAUGAUUAUAUUCCAACAGUUUUUGACAAUUAUACAGCAACAGUUGAGGCCGAUGGAAAAAUGAUUCACUUGGGUUUAUGGGAUACAGCUGGAUAAGAAGUAUAUGAAAAAUUAAGACCAUUAAGCUAUGCUAAUACUGAUGUAUUUAUUAUUGCAUUUUCAGUUAUAGAGCCUGCAUCUUUUGAAAAUGCAUUGAAAAAAUGGUACCCUGAAUUGCAAGAUAGUAAUAAAAAUGCAAUAAAAAUAUUUGUUGGAAAUAAGAUUGAUAAAAGAGAUGAUUCUUAAAUUAUUCCUGGCGUAAUAAAUUGUUUCAGAAUUAGGAUGUACAUAUUUAGAAUGUUCAGCUUUAACUUAAAUUGGAUUAAAAUAAGUAUUUGA